AUGGCUGGUCGGCACGAGCUCUCGUCGCCACAGGCAAGUCGCGAGCGCGCGGUCGAAGGAACCAUCUCCGUGCAGCCACUGGCGCGGCCAGUCGAGGGCUUUCGAGAGUACUUCCUCAACCUGACUAUACACAACAACAAAAGGAAUCCCUGGUUUGUAGAAUUCUGGGAAGAGCAGUUCCAAUGCCGUUGGGAAGGCCCAGGGGCUGCCAGAACGCCUUACAACGCCCAUGCUCGCCGCUGCACAGGAAAAGAACAACUGACGAACGAGAACACAGAGCUAGAAGCUCAACUCCAAUUCGUAGCUGACGCUGUAUUGGCGUUCGCGCAUGCUUUACGAGAUAUGCAUGCGGUUGAGUGCGGAGGCGCUCCUGGAUUGUGCCCGGCAAUGAAACCUCCUCAAGGUCCGCUCCUCUUACGGUACCUGAGGAAUGUGCGGUUCACUGGGCUGAGCCGGGAGGAGUUCCACUUCGAUAACAACGGCGAUGGCCCCGCGCGAUACAAUAUCAUGCAUUUCAAGCAGGUGGAGCCGGGAAUAUUUCGCUGGCUAAGGGUCGGACGGUACCUGGAUGGGGAGCUUGAACUCGAAAUGGACGAAAUCCAGUUCAAAUUGGAAUCACCUCGGCCCCCGGAGUCCGUGUGCAGCGCGGAGUGCGAGCUAGGACAGGCCAAGCAGUACGUAGAGGGAGAGAGCUGCUGCUGGCACUGCUUCAACUGCACGCAGUACGAGAUUCGCGCUCCCGAGUCAGAAACGGCGUGCCGCGAGUGCCCACGGGGCACGCUACCCGACGAGACGCGCACGCACUGCGCCCUGCUUCCCGCACACUAUCUUCGCCCCGCUUCACCCGCAGCACGGGGUGCUAUGUCGUUCUCCGCGCUAGGCAUCCUCUUCACCGUGUUUGUCAUCGGCGUAUGGAUAUGGCGCGGAGACACCCCAGUGGUCCGCGCGAGCGGGCGCGAGUUGAGCUACGUACUUCUCGGUGGUAUCCUGAUGUGCUAUCUCGUCACAUUCGCACUCGUUCUCCGGCCUACGGAUGCCUUGUGUGCUGUGCAACGAUUAGGUACCGGGCUGUGUUUUACGAUAGUCUACGCGGCGCUGCUUACGAAGACCAAUCGAAUCGCGCGUAUAUUCGCGGCGGGUGAGCGAUCAGCGCGGCGGCCUGCUUUCAUAUCACCCCGCUCGCAGCUUGGCGUGUGUGCAUUACUCGUUGGCGUUCAGGUUGUCAUAGUGGGAGUAUGGCAGGCUGCAGCACCCGCGCGGGCGGUCAGACACUUACCCUCACGGGAGACAGCAGUACUCGUCUGUGACGCAUACGUCGAUGCGUCAUAUACACUAGCAUUCAGCUACCCUGCUGCACUCAUCGCAACCUGCACAGUCUACGCUGUGCUGACACGCAAGAUCCCUGAAGCUUUUAAUGAAAGCAAGCAUAUCGGUUUUACGAUGUACACAACCUGCGUGAUCUGGCUCGCCUUCGUGCCGCUAUACUUCGGCACGGCAAGCCACGUGGCGCUGCGAGUCACGACAAUUGCCGUCACCAUUUCUCUCAGUGCAUCCGUCACUCUUGCCUGUCUGUUCGCUCCUAAGGUGUACAUAAUCCUGUUCCGACCGGAGCGUAACGUCAGGGGUUGCCUGAUGCCGGGCCGCUGGCGCGCGGCAGGAGGCGGGGCGGCUGGGGGCGCCGUCUGCGCCGCUCUAGUGGGCGCCGCCGCGCCGCUGCCGCCGCGCGCGCCCUUGACGGCCACGCCGUCGACUGAUCGCUCCACGCUUAACGACGAUCGCACACCGAGCUCGUGUUUCGACCGCCAAGUGCAGACGGAUCCGUCAGACUUCCCCUCAGUCCCCGCUCCCCCGCCGGCCGCAGCCCCCGCCCCCGCCGCCGAGCUGCAGCUCGACGCCCGCGCGCUGCGGGGGGGGCUUCCCCCCUUCCCGCUUCAGGAGCCCCCGGUGCCGAACGGACCGAGGGCGCCCGCGCUCGCUGAGAAACGGUUAUAGCACAAGGCAAAUAACAUACAAGUGCGCUCCAAGCGCAUCCCAGUGCUCGUGUAACGUCGAAUAGAUUGCAACAAUU